AUAGAGGGUGAUCUGGUUGAAUUCACCCUGCCAUCUCGACCCACUAACUGGCACGACGGCCGGUAUAAGUGGAGGUCGAUCCUCAUGUGGCCUGGCGCUUGGCUUGGGAUGUACCGGGAACUUAAGAGCAGCCAAAGCCCUUACGACCUAGCAGCUAAACCUGUAUUUGAGUCCAGAAAGCGAUAUCUUCAGGAGGAGGUAGAGGCUUUCCAGCUCGAGGAGCAGGACACCGCGCUGUGGACCGAUAGGUACCCUCCCCAGAUCAUUACGGGGGAGCUGCAGGUCGUCCACGAUGGGUUCUUCCCACAUUCAGGCUGCAGAUUGAGGGCGACCAUUCCCUCGUUUGUGGUUGACGAGGUGUUUGGCGGAGUAGGAGGCUUGGUCGAGGCCUAUCUCACCGCGACAGAGCUCGAGCGUUUCUCGAGGGGGGAUCUUGACAUCCACUACAUCUACUACUCCCUUGUGACUCCGAGACCCCAGUGUGGAGACGAGAGGAUUCAACUCAUAGAGCUAAUCCGGUCCAUCGCCCCUAGCUCAUCUGGAGGUUGGAGAGACGAGAGCUACGAGUGGAGGCAUCCCCCGCCGUCCUACGUGUGGGAUUUGCUGGACCACGAGCUUAGGGUCGGGCCUGACUAUAUUACGUCGAUAGGCGUGCUCUUCGUGGACCACUGGGACUCGUGGUGGGGUAGCGAGGCUCUGAUAGCCCCUUAUCAGCUGACUCGAUACUACGAGAUCAUAGGGGCGUCGGGAUAUCACGUGGCUGCGGAGGUGGACGACGGCGACGUUGACGACGAGGAGGCGUGGGAGCCUGACUGGGUGGACUCUGACGAUGAGAAUUUUGAGUCAGAGGAUGAGGUAGAGGAGGCCGACGAGGUGGAUGAGGCUGAGGCAGACAUGAUCCAUUCCCCGAGGAUUGUGGUCGGGUUUAGAGCCUACGCGUGAGGAUGCGGUAGGGAUUUCAGACGUAGGCUUGAUGGAGAGACGUCACUAGGCUUAGAUGGGCAGGCAUACCGUCUUCCUAAGACACGUAUAUUGGACUCAGAGAUCACCCGAAGAGCGAGGACCGACGAGGGAGGAGAUUGACGAAGUAAUACGAGCCCUGAACGAGAACGCGAGGCAGGAGGUACUGCCAUACGAACUCAUUAAGUAUGAGUAUGUUCAGAAGGGCGGCAUAGAGCACGAACGCCUGUACGUCCUCAUCUACCGUAUCGUAGAUCUGGAUGAGUACGACGUGCAGGUUUACCUGCCUAGCAGGCGAACGGGAGGAUAUUUUUACGGGAGUAGUUGGAAAAACGCGGCAAGGCUGGUACUAGCCGAAAAUGAAUGAUUAAAGGCAGA